AUGCCGCUGCUCUUCCUGGAGCGCUUCCCCUGGCCCAGCCUGCGCGUCUACGCGGCGCUCAGCGCCCUGGCCCUGCUGGGCUGCCUGCUCAGCGCCUACAGCGCCCUCCGCCAGGCCGAGCCCCCCGGACCCGAUGGUGACUCGGGUGUUAUGGAUAAAUGCCAUAAAAAUGACAGACAAGAAGGUGUGCUGGUGAAUACAGCCUGUUGCAUUCUGAUGUUGAUUGCAAAGUUAAUACAGACCAUUGUUUUUGGUCCCCUCCGUGUUAGUGAAAGGCAGCAUCUCAAGGACAAGUUUUGGAACUUUAUCUUCUACAAGUUUAUUUUUAUUUUUGGGGUGUUAAAUGUCCAGACGGUAGAUGAAGUGGUCAUGUGGUGUCUCUGGUUUUCUGGACUUGUCUUCUUACAUCUCAUGGUCCAGCUGUGCAAAGACAGGUUUGAAUAUUUGUCUUUUUCGCCCACCACGCCGUUGAACAGCCACAUUCGAGUCCUGACGCUGCUGGUUGUCAUGUUGCUUUCCUGCUGUGGCCUCGCGGUGGUGUGCGGUGUCAUCGGCUACGCCCACGGCAUGCACACGCUCUCCUUCAUGACUGCGGAGUCCCUGCUUGUCACCGUAAGAACCGUGCACGUGAUUUUACGUUACAUCAUUCAUCUCUGGGAUCUGAAUCAUGAAGGCACCUGGGAGAGCAAAGGCACCUACGUUUAUUACACCGAUUUCAUCAUGGAGCUGAUGCUGCUGUCCCUGGAUUUGAUGCAUCACAUUCAUAUGCUGCUGUUUGGCAACAUCUGGUUGUCGAUGGCCAGUCUGGUGAUCUUUAUGCAGCUGCGCUACCUGUUCCAUGAAGUUCAGCGCAGACUGCGGCGCCAUAAGAAUUACCUGCGGGUGGUUGGAAACAUGGAAGCAAGGUUUGCGGUGGCAACUCCUGAAGAAUUGGCCUCCAACAACGAUGACUGCGCUAUUUGCUGGGAUUCCAUGCAGGCCGCCCGGAAGCUCCCUUGCGGACACCUCUUCCAUAACUCAUGCCUGCGCUCCUGGCUCGAGCAGGACACCUCCUGCCCGACCUGUAGGAUGUCCCUGAACAUUGCAGACCACCAGCAGGCUCCAGAGGAUCACCAGAGGGAGAACCUGGAUGAAAACCUGCCCCCUGUGGCAGCAGCCGAAGGCAGGCCUCACCUCAACCAGCACAAUCACUUCUUCCACUUCGAUGGGUCUCGCAUCGCUAGCUGGCUCCCAAGCUUUUCGGUCGAGGUGAUGCACACCACAAACAUCCUUGGGAUCGCUCAGGCCAGCAACUCUCAGCUCAACGCCAUGGCCCAUCAGAUCCAGGAGAUGUUCCCCCAGGUUCCUUACCACCUCGUUCUCCAGGACCUGCAGCUGACCCGCUCAGUAGAAAUAACAACCGACAAUAUUUUAGAGGGACGCAUCCAGGUGCCUUUCCCAACACAGCGUUCUGACAGUAUCCGACCAGCUUUGAACAGUCCUGUAGAAAGGCAGAGUACCGAUCAAGAAGAAGCUGAAGAGGACAUGGAGAUGGCAAGGAUCCCGCUUGAGCUCAGCUCCAGGCUGGAAGACACGGCGGCAUUUAAUGAAGCCGAAGCGGAAGCUGCCGAGACGGAGGACUUCGAGGUGAGAGGCAGCCGUUUCUCCAAGUCGGCUGACGAGAGGCAGAGGAUGCUGCUUCAGAGGAAGGAGGAGCUGUUGCAACAAGCACGCAGGCGCUACCUUGACAAAAGCUCUGAUGAUCCCAUCCCGGACUUCUCCUCCCAGGCUGAAGGAGCAGCCUCCGACUCCCUCACUUUGCGACGCAGGAUGUUGGCCGCCGCCGCCGAGCGGAGAUUACAGAAACAGCAUCCCUCCUAACGCUUCCGGCCCGCUGUUCCUUCCCCAUCGGUAGCCUAGAUAUUCACCCCUCGCUCUUCUUGCUGGGAUCUCGUCCCGAGCUCGGCAAACCACGGGCGGCGCUGGGGACCAGGGAUCAGGUUGGCUGUGCCUCCAACUCUUGAAAAAAAA